GCGAGGAUUGCAAGAUCGUGCGAGAGCAGCAGGUAUAACAUUGUCAUCUUUGGAGGAAUAGAUGGAUUUUCCAGGAAGAUUUUGUAUCUGGACGUAGAAAGUAACAACAAAGCGGCAACUGCAUUCAGAUUCUUCAUGGAGAGUGUUCAGAGAAAUGGAUGGCCUUCAAGAGUGAGAGCUGAUCAAGGGGUGGAAAAUGUUGACAUUGCCAGGUGCAUGUUUGCUGUCCGAGGAACAGGCCGUGGAAGCUUUAUUGCAGGCAAAAGUGUACAUAACCAGAGGGUAGAACGGUUAUGGAGAGAUGUUUGGAGUUCUGUAACGUCCAAGUACUACAACGUACUACACAGCUUGGAUGAAGAUGGUUUAAUUGACCUGUCUAAUGCGAUCCACCUCCUCUGUGUGAAAUAUGUGUUCAUACCUCGUCUGAGGUCAGAUCUGCAGCAUUUCACUGAGAGUUGGAACAACCACCCGAUCAGCACAGAGGCAAACCUCACACCUCUACAGAUGUGGAAUAUUGGAAUGCUCCAAGCACCUGUGCACCAGCCAAACUACACAGAGCUGCAGCACAUACAUCAUCAGGAGGAGGCAUCUCAAGACCUUGACCAUGGGGUUGUUAUUCCUGACAUUCCAUCCCCCCUGUCUGCAGAGAAUCUUGCUUUGCUUCAACAUGAAGUGAAUCCUAACUCUGACUCCUUAUCCUUUGGUCACGAUACAUACCUGCGUGCACUGCGUUUUGUAAUGAGCCAUGUAUAAAUGGACAGACACCACUCAGCUUUCAAUGAAAACAACUAACGAUUGGUUACUCAGGUACAUACACAUGCAAUAUGUUCCACUACAAGCAUUUACAUAUUUCUGUAAUGUCCAAAAUGUAUUCAUUUGAAACCUGGUUACUAUUAUGUAUGAAUAAAUUUGUUCUACAAGUGGUGUUAUUUUAUAGAUCUUAAGACUUUUCAAC